CUGUUCUGCUCCUCUUUGCCCCGCGGUUGAUCGCGCUUCGGCCUUGUAGGCGGUAUGCAGGACCCAAAUAAAGACACAGAGUGGAAUGACAUCCUGCGCAAGAAAGGUAUCCUUCCUCCAAAGGAAAACUUGGAGGAAAAGGAGCGUGCAAAGGAAGAAGAGCAACUUGCCAUCCUUCAGAAGUCUCUUGUGAAAACUUACGAGGACAUGACUUUGGAAGAGCUAGAAGAGAAUGAAGACGAAUUUAAUGAGGAUGAUGAGAAAGCUAUUGAAAUGUACAGGCAGCAAAGGCUAAAAGAAAUGAAAGCAGCUCAAAUGAAGAAUAAAUUUGGUGAAGUUUUGGAGAUUUCAGGAAAAGAUUAUGUUCAAGAGGUUACCAAAGCUGGAAAAGGUAUAUGGGUAGUCCUGCACCUCUACAAACAAGGGAUUCCACUUUGUGCCUUAAUAAAUCAACAUAUGAGUGGCCUUGCAAGAAAGUUCAAAGACGUGAAAUUCAUCAAAGCAAUCUCUACCACCUGCAUUCCCAACUAUCCUGAUAAGAACCUGCCCACAAUAUUCGUGUACCUGGAGGGAGACAUCAAAGCUCAGUUCAUUGGGCCUUUGGUGUUUGGUGGCAUGAACCUGACAAGGGACGAACUGGAGUGGAAGAUUUCAGAGUCGGGUGCCAUCAAGACAGACCUGGAGGAGAAUCCCAGGAAGCAGAUCCAGGAUCAGCUCAUGUCUUCAAUCAGGGCGUGUGUCUCAGCCAGGGAGGAGAGUGACUCAGAGGAUGACUAAGUACUGCAAUGGCAUUGAGCUUGAUACAGUACUCCUGCAGCCAUUGUUCCCACCUGUAGCACUGGAGAUGCUCAUCAAGAUCUCGCUGAGCCCCGGAUGGGUAGC